AUGGGGUGCGUGUGCUCGAGGCGGUUCCCGGAGGACGCGCCGCCGGCGCCGGGCCAGCUGGCGGCCGCCUACGACGCGCGCCGCGGGAGGUACGGGCCCGGGGACUUCGACUCCGGCGAGCUCGCCAUCCCGCCGCCCAAGCCGCCCCACUCCCACAAGGUAUCAGACACAGGUACAUUUUUGGGAAGGGCUAGCAUUGCUGGUCUGGAAAAGGCUGUUGAAGUGUUAGAUACUCUCGGGAGUAGCAUGACAAAUUUGAAUCCUGGCAGCGGCUUUCUCUCUGGGGGAACCAACCGGGGGAAUAAAGCCUGUAUUUUAGCAUUUGAGGUCGCAAAUACAAUAGUUAAAGCUUCUAGUUUGUGGAGGUCAUGCUCUGAUGAGAGUAUAGAAGAGCUCAAGAAAGAGAUUCUGCAUUCAGAUGGAGUGCGAAUAUUGGUGUCCUCAAAUACCAUUGAGCUGUUGCAUAUUGCUGCCGUUGAUAAAAGGGAAGAACUUGCCAUCUUUUCAAGAGAAGUAAUACGAUUUGGCGACCUCUGCAAAGACCCUAUAUGGCAUAACUUGGGGCGAUAUUUCGACAAGUUAGUGACAGAUAAUACACCUCACGAUCAUUCAAAGGAAAGCAUGGAAGCUACUGUCCAGAAAUUGAUUAAUUUGGCACAAAACACUUCUGAGCUCUACCAUGAAUUGCAUGCUCUGGACAGGUUUGAGCAGGAUUUUAAAAGGAAGUUUCAUGAAGAGGAGUCUGUGCCAGCAGCUAGACGAGAGAGUAUAAUGAUAUUGCAUAGUGAAUUAAAGCGCCAGAGGAAGCUUGUGAAAAAUCUGAAGAAGAAAUCCUUGUGGUCUAGCACCUUGGAAGAUAUUGUGGAGAAACUUGUGGACAUCGUAAUAUAUUUACAUAAACAAAUCCGAGAUUCAUUUAAUGAAGCUGGAACUGAAUUCUGCGCUUCCGAACAAACUCAGAACAAAAGGCUAGGUUCCUGUGGUCUGGCACUACAUUAUGCUAACAUUAUCAAUCAAAUUGAAAAUAUAGUUUCUCGGCCGUUCUCUCUUCCUCAUAGUGCAAGGGACAAUUUGUACCAUGGUCUGCCAAUAACAGUAAAGUCAGCUCUGCGAUCACGAUUGCAAACAUUCAACACCGAAGAAGAGCGUACAGUAGCUCAAAUAAAAGCUGAAAUGCAGAAAACUCUUCGCUGGCUUCUGCCGGUAGCAGAAAAUACAAUAAGGGUGCACCAAGGUUUUGGAUGGGUCGGCGAAUGGGCAAAUCUUGGGAGUGACAUGAGCAAGAAAUCAGGCUCCCACAGCGUCAUCCGCAUCCAGACGCUUCACCAUGCCGACAAGGCGAAAACCGAGCACUACAUGCUGGAGCUGGUGGUGCUCCUUCACCACCUGGUGACCCAGGUGAAGAACAGAGGCUACGGGACCAGCAAAUCAUCGAGGCACGAUGCCUCGUCAGAUGCCUCGUCCCGGUCAUGCAAGGUGGCACCUGACCUCCAACCAGAUACAGAGACGAGGCACAACACGUCGCCGGUGAACAGCUGCGUGGCCUCGAGCCCACUGCCGGACUGCGAGCGCGCGGCGCUAGACCACCUGAGCUUCAAGAGGACGUCCUACGGCAGGAGCCAGAGCUGCGAGCCUCCGCCUGGCCGGCGGAACAAGGCUCACCGGAGCUGGGACUCGUGCCGGAGCCAGGGAAGCUCGCCGGCGAGGGAGUUCGGCCGGACCACCGCCGUGGACCGUGACACGGCCAGGGACCUUGAUGUUAUUGAUGGCUUGGAUAGACUGACUUCGUUCUCGCGCCCGUCCUCCCCAACGUUUUUCUAG